UUUCUUCCUUCAAUUCGAUUCAACUUUGUCAUAAACGAAUUGUAGAUUGAGAGAAUUGCCGAGUAGUCGUUUUCACACAAUAAUCUUUCAGGUAUCUCUUUGGUGAGGGGUAGAUAUUAAACUUUAAGCAGCAGUGGCUAUAAACUGCAUUUGUUGUUAUAGGGUGUCUUUUGUGAAGUUUGACGUAUUCGACUAAAUUAAUGUAUAUCUUUGUUUAUCGGUCUAAAAUUUUUCGUGCCUACAUUAGUACCUUUAAAUUUGAUUACAUCCAAUGAAUAACACAUUUUUGUGAAGGUUACAAACUAGGUCUUGAGCAUUUGCGACCUUAUCAACGUUUUUACGUGACUAUUUCUGUUAAUGCAACAUAACUAUCAGUAGGAUGCCUUGAGCCACCAAUUAAUCUAUUUACGAAACAAACAUAUAUAUAUGUGUACGUGACGUAGGAAUUGAACAAUGAUACUGCGCAAUAACCGAAAUCUAUAUAAAUGAUGAAAAAGUGCUAUGCUCAGUUUGAAUAAUAUGGCUGUGCCUGCGCAUACGUAUUUACUUGUGAUAUCUUGGAUAUUCGGGGUAUCACAAGCGCAAUAUAUGGGACGAGUUCGCACAUAUGCUUACGUGCCCACUGCGACCACAACAACGGUUGCUGCACCAGUACAAUGUGAAUAUGAGUCGUGCCGCUCAGCUAUCGAGGAACUGGGUGCUCUGUUACAAAUUCUAAAGUCGCUUGACGAUGGCCCAGCUAACGGUGGACUCAGUGAAGAAAUUAUAAUAAAACUAGUGAAUGCGCUUAUUUAUACGGCUACUCAAAAUUGCAGAGGAAACAUUGGAUACUGUUCUGGAUACGAUUGUGGUGGUAUUGGGGGAAUAGGACCUGGGAUUGGAGUGGGACUAGGAGGUGGAGUUGGAGCAGGUCUUGGACUGGGAUUAGGAGCUGGAGUUGGAGCAGGGCUGGGAGGGGGAGUUGGGGGAGGUCUCGGAACUGGUGGUGGCGGUGGCGUUGGGGGUGGACCUGGGGGGGGCUUGGGGGUUGGAGCUGGAGUGGGCCUGGGGGUCGGAGUUGGUGGAGGACUAGGAGGUGGAGCUGGCAGUGGACUAGGAAGUGGAGCUGGAGGAGGCCUUGGGGGUGGGAGCGGAACUGGAACUGGAAUAGGAGUUGGCGGUGGAUCUGGAGGUGGAGCUGGAUCAGGAGGUGGAGGUAGCAAGGGAGGAGGUGGAACCGGUGGUGGAUCGGGUGGUGGCACAGGAGUUGGUGCUGGAGUUGGAGCUGGAGUUGGCGUUGGAGUUGGAGCAGGAGUGGAUAUUGGAGCAGGAUUAGGAGUUGGGGCUGGAGUUGGAGCGGGCCUUGGUGCAGGCCUUGGAGCAGGCCUUGGAGCCGGAGUUGGUGCGGGCCUUGGGGCAGGCCUUGGAGCAGGAAUUGGAACAGGUGCAGAAGUUGGUAAAGAAGUUGGUAAAGAACAUAGUAAAGAAGUUGGUAAAGAACAUGGUAAAGAAGUUGGAGCAGGAGUUGGAGCAGGAGUUGGAGCAGGAGUUGGUGCAGGAGUUGGUGCAGGAGUUGGGGCAGGAGUUGGGGCAGGAGUUGGGGCAGAAGUUGGGGCAGGAAUUGGGGCAGGAGUUGGAGCAGGAGUUGGAGCUGGUGUUGGAGCUGGUGUUGGAGCAGGAGUUGGAGCAGGAGUUGGAGUGGGAGUUGACGUCGGUGCAGGAGUUGGAGCUGGAGUUGGAGCUGGAGUUGGAGCGGGAGUUGGAGCAGGAACUGAAGUGGGGGCAGGAGUUGGAGCUGGACUUGGUGUAGGGCUUGGAGUAGGAGUUGGAGUAGGUGAUUCCAUUCUCGAUACCGUUAGUAGUAACUAGAAUUCAAUCUGGAAAAAUCAAAUUAAGCAACUUAUAAGCAAAUCAGUAAGAGAGUCAGGCGUUUCUUGGCCAGUCAACUUAUUAAAAACUUUUGUGGCACAAUUUGUAAAUAUACUGUCAAAAUGUUUUGCCUAUAUUGUCAAUGAAAUUCUGGACUUAUUUCUUCCGUUAUGUAAUGUAAACGUAAUGUAAACGACAAAAAUCUUUAAACUGGUAAUUCACAUCCAGUAUUAUUUUUUGAAAGUAGUCCAUAAACAAAAAGCAUAAAAGCCAUUCUUAAUUUAGAUGAUUGAUUAAUAAGUAUAUCACCCUUCUUCGAAUCAUAACAUAAGAGCUUUAAAGUAGAAACGUGCAGAAACCUUGAGAACCUCUACGUAAAGUAUCUUGUACUGCUGAAAUGUUUGGUAUAUACCAUAACUGUACUGUUAUUUGAAAUAAAUAUUUAUUUGACUUUU